AUGUCGAGUUUAGCCGUUGUCCUUCAAGGCCCAAAGCCCAAAAAUGGACGUUGUGUUUUCGAGUCUUUUAAAGAAGCUAACCGAAAGAACUUCUGGAAUAGAGAGUUAGUUUCUGCUAUGGAAUCCAUUAUAUACAUGGGUUUCUUGAGACCUUCUACCUUGUUCAUUUCUGGAAGUGAAUCAUCCAUACAGACUAUCAAAUCAGAAUAUGCUCGCCGUAUAUUAAAAGCUCCAACGUCUUACAAAAUUCUUUCUCUCGGUGCUAUGGGAGCAAUCGAAGAAGUUGAACAGAUGAAUUUUGUACCACUUGGAGAUAUUAUCUGCGACACUAUUAGCCAACUGAACACUCUUGGACAAAUAGCCAAUCUUGUGAACAUCAAGGAUUACAUUCUGGAGAACUACAGUUACAUUUCCCCGAACAACUUGCAAACGAUGAAACAAACCAUCCAAACCCUUAUAAGCACCGGAUUAAUAUAUCGUAUAGGAGAAAACUUCUUCGUUAGUAUCCCAACACAAUCGGUUCAGCCAGUUGUUAAGACUACCGUUGAAUGCCAAACAGGAAUGUCUAUCAUGGAAGAAGAGAAAAAGGAAAAGAAAGGAAUCUUAGCGCGUAUUUUUGCUCGUCGUUCAACUGUCAAUGCUCAAAAUGGAGCCUCCCCACCUCAAGUUCCUACAAUAGCAACACCCGUUGUUCCUGUUUUCUUCUCCAGUUCAGAUGAAUGGAUGAAAGCUGAAAAAAUAUCUCAAGGAAGCAAUGCUAAUAGAUAUUAUACCUUCGACAAGGAUGAUGUAGUUGUCGCCAUAAAACAACAAAAGACUAAUAAUGGAAGAAGACGUAGACGCCAACAUAGAGUUUACCUCAGCUCUAGUUCUGAAUGUCUUAACUAUGGACCCAUUGAUCCUCCUGAGUGCUUACCUGGAAACGUUGAAGUAGUAGAUGAUCUUCGCCGCCGUCGUAGACGUACAGCUGAUCGCAAGACAAUAGCCCGGACAAGUACUCCUGUACCAGUUGGAUCAGAUUCUGCCUAUAGUCCAUCGCCCGUAACUGAUUCCAAUGAAGAAGCUGGUUCCUGGAGCGAAAAAGAUGUUGACCAUUUCCCCCGCGAACACACUUACGUUAAUCUUCAUGAAGAUGAAUCAACUCAGUUCGAGGAGAUUACUCAGCCUCAUAUAGUUCCCCAAGCUAUUCUCAUUUCAAAUGUCUAA